UGCCUCCAUGGAACCAUAACACCCACUUCCCUGAGAGCCAGUGACCAGCCCAGCUGUGGUGCCCCACCAUACCACCAGGCCAGGAGAGGAAGAAAUCAGGCACGAGGAGCUGCAGCCAUGACCGAGCUUUUCCCUGGCUUCCUCCUCGCACUGUCUCCGGAUCUUGUGUACUUCCAGAAGGAUGAAAUCAUUAAAGUUUGGGACUGUGUGUCUGAGUGCUAUCGCCAAGACCUGGUGCUGAAGAAGAGAGUUGGACUGAUGGGCCUGGGUACCAUCCACAUUAUGAAAAGGCCUAUCUGGCAUGGAGAAGGGGAAGGUUUCAUGGCCGACAGUCCAGAGUUCAAUCUGAGCAAGCCCUUUCUGGUGGGGAAGAAGCUCCUCCAUGGGAAAAGCCCUGUGCCUGGUCUCUCCAAAGCAGACGAGUUAAUCUGUGCUGAGGUGGCCUUGCGCCUGCACAAACCCAAGGCCACCAUCGUGACGUGCAUCAAGGCCACACUAAAGAUCUGUGAGUGGGCCUUGUCCAGUGGCCAGAACUUCGACUUUGUGUUCAAGGACAUUGGCAUCCUGGUCUGCCGGGGAAACCACGUGGUCAUGAGGUUCUUUGAAGACUUGGUCCGGGAGGUGGCUCAGUCACAGUGCCUGGCAGAAGGUUUGCUCCAGUCACCAAAUCUGAAGCCAUUAUUCAUAGGCCACAUGGAAAAGGACAUUUCCCAGAUCCCUCCUGGAGGUGUUUUUGUGCUGCCACACUUUGUGCAGGCAGAUGGGAAGUCCCAGCCACAUCCUAUAAGUGCUUCCCUACAAGGCCCUGGAACCACAAGCAAAACCAGCACCAAGCGCCAAACAACUCCGGGGAACCUUCCCAGCCAACGCCUCUUUCUUCGUCCACGUCUUUCUCCAAGUCAGAUUUAUGAUGUGAAAGCAAUGGGAAGAGAAAAGAAAAAGGGUGAUGGUGGAGUGCAGAGAGGGAGUUUGCUGCCUCCAAUUGAGAACUCUGUGAAGAAGGGCAGAGCCACCAAGGGGAUGGAAGCACCCAAAGCUGGGCUGGCAGCUCCCACCAGGCAGCAAAAACAUGUCCAGCUUCCACCCCUGGCAGAGCAGAAGCAUCUGGGGAAGGCUGCUGCCUUCUGUCCUGGAGGAUUUGAAAGGCUCAGGAAGGAGAGAGCGGCUGCUGUGGCAGGAGUGACUGCUGCUUUGUCCCCAGAGAGAAAGGAGGGGAAGACACCAUCCCCUUGUGGAGGACGACCACAGCCAAGGACUCCACGAGCAAAACAGGUCCUCCUAAAUCGGCAGCCGUACAAAGUUGCCCGGGAACAGUGCAUGAAGGCCUUGCAGAUCAACAAGUUACGGGAAUGGUCCGAUGACAAUUCCCUCGCUCCUGAUCUACCUGAGCUUGGUGAAGCAGCUGGAGGUCAGUGAAGAGAGAACAGCAGAACUCCAUUGACACGGGGGCAGCCACACAGCACCAUGGAAAAAGGAAUAAAGACCUAGAAUUCUGUCA